GGCGCUCGCUUGUGGGGCUGACAAGGAACGAGAAAAGUUCGGCGGCGGGUCGGAGCGCGGAGGCCCGUUUUCAGCGCUCGCGAGGCCGUCGGAGGCCGCGAAGGGCCGCCGCGGGUCGGCCGACGUUCGGCCGAGGGCGGGGGCGCGUCGGCCGAGGCGUCGACGCGACUGGCUAGUGGCAAACACGACAAGUAUGUGAGAUUUCCUUUUUAUCAUCGGAAUUUAUUCAGUUUUAUAAUUCUAUCUGCUGUCAAUGAAUCAUGAACGGAAAUUCUAGCAAAUCCGACGGAGGAAAUCCUUCCAGAAAAAGAAAAGCAUCAGAAACGUCAAAAGCGAAUGAUGAGAAGUACUUCAAGUACAUAGACUGUGAUGAAGAGUCGAUUUUGAACAAUGACAUUUUGACGUCUACGUUGGUAGACGAGCCAACCGUUAUGGAACAGGAAGUGGUCACAGAUAUGGAGGACCCGUCAGACAUAAUAAUUUUACACAUGGACAUAAGUGAACCUUUAACAACCCUGCGGUCACUUCUUGAAGCUAAACUUGGAGGUAUCGACCUCACUGGCUACAAAUUUUGGCUUCAAGACUCGCAAAUGUUGGAUGCCAACAAAACUCUCCAAGAUCAAUGUGUGUCCGAGGGAGGAGUUGUUCAAAUUAAUGUAGAGUUGCUCCAAGAUCCCAUUCAUGGAACUAAAAUAAACAUAGUGGAUGUUUUGAGGCCUGGAGAUGAUUUUCUGGAGCAGCAAGAAGCGCAGACCACUGAAGUUCCAAAGGUUCGAACUGAUUCGCACUCGAUCAGCAGCGAAAAGAAGGUAAUGAAAUGGUGCGUCGAUUUAACUUUCAAGAAACUGCAGGAGAAACUCAACAUUCCGAAUGACCCAGAAGAGUGGGCUGUCGAGCAUGUACAGAUUUGGCUGCAGUGGGCAGUGAGACAUUUCAACUUGAUCAGGAUCCAGUUGUCAAAUUGGUCUAUAAAUGGGAAGGCGCUUUUUUCCAUGAAGAGGGAGCAGUUUAAGGAGAAAGUUCCCGUCGAUCCAAAUGAUAUUUUUUGGACUCAUCUCGAACUUCUGAGAAAGUGCAAAUUUGUUGCUGUUUUGGACCAAAGUGAAGAAACAACGGUUAGUAAAAUUAAUACCCGGUUGACUAAGCCAAAGUACAAGUCGCAGAGAGUUAUCAUGUCCAAGUCUGUCGAAGCAUUUGGAGCAGUCCGUCUUGCUCCAGUUACAGGAAACAACGGUCAAAUACAGCUUUGGCAAUUCUUGCUGGAGCUCUUGACUGAGAAGCAGCACCGAGAUGUGAUUCAAUGGGUCGGAACUGAAGGAGAGUUCAAAUUGAUUGACCCUGAAGUUGUUGCUCAGUUGUGGGGUGUCCGAAAAAACAAGCCCACGAUGAACUAUGAAAAGCUUAGCAGGGCAUUGAGAUACUAUUACGAUGGUGAAAUGAUUGCAAAAGUCCACGGAAAGAGAUUUGUGUACAAGUUUGUUUGUGAUUUGAAAGGACUGCUUGGCUAUAGUGCUGCAGAAUUGAGCAGAUUAGUGGACGAAUGUAGUGGUCCCAGCAGUGUUGACAUGCUGGGGGACUCCGAAGAACACACCUUGUCGAGGCACAGACCAUUGUGAAAUGUGUUCAGGUCAAACCAAUUUAGUAGGUUUCUUUUUUUCCAUGGACUUGUUCAACGACUGAUGCGAAUACUGUAUGCAGAUUCUAUUAUUUCCAACGAGGAAAUCAUUUUUGCAUCAAUUAUGUUUGUGUGAUAGAUCAGGCGAAGAGAGUAUGAAUUUAGUUAAUGUUGUAAAUAAUUCAGAAUUAUUUGCAUAUUUUAUGGAAA